AUGUGGCAGUGCUGCGGACAAAUACAAAUUCAUUACGCGAAACCGCAUCUGACGAAGGAGGAGUUCACAGAGUUCAAAUCCAAGUACGAAGAGUGGCUCACACCAAAUCCAUUCUAUUGUCCAGUGCCAACAUGCUCGGCCUUCAUUCCAGAACGACUGCUGCCCGAACAGGCAACGAAGAAGCAAGGGAAGCGCGUUGACUCUGGUGUUGGAACGCCAACGUUGAACGUCUUUGCGUGUCCAACCUGCUCAGCUGAGAUCUGUCUCGAGUGUCGGCAAAUCGCUCAUCCGGACGCUAUAUGCAAUAUCUCUGAAUUCGGCAUCGAUGCAGAAACUACGGAGCUACUGAAGAGCUGGGGAUAUAAGAGGUGUCCGAAGUGCGGUCAUGGACUGAAGCGGAUGUACGGUUGUCUACACAUGGAGUGUCGGUGUGGAGCGCACUUCUGCUACAUGUGUAUGGAAGAGCCGGAGGGCUGCGGUGGAGCGUGUAAUGAAUAUGAGGAAGACGACGGCAGUGACGGCAACAUCACAGAGUCUGAUGAGGGCGAGUCUCCAUCUGGCACGAACAAUGCAUCGGCGCUAUCCAACGAGACAUCUCAAGUACAAGAGACGGUUGGCGCAGCAGCGAUAUCUACGCCACAGUCAGCUCCUCCACGUAAUCUUGACGCUGGAGGGCCUCGUUACUGGGAGAAUCAAGACCUAGACUUUGGUGAAGAGCCAGGGGAAGACUACCAGGACCGCUCAUGGAACUGUGACCACAGCUUCGAAACCUACAGAAUCCCCCUCGCAAAAGCUCUAAUCAACGAUUCUGCGGCUGAGAUGGAAUGUGUAAAAUGCUGGUGCUCGAUACAUCCAGAGAUCGAAGCACCGAACACCGCAGUCAAUGAGAUGAAGGCAAAGACCGUACCCGCAGGUAUAGUACGAAGAGCCGGUCGAGGGUUCAGGAGGGGUAACGGACCAGGGCGAGGGCGCGGUCGCCCACGCGGCGCAUACGCACCUCCUCGCGGUCUCUUCCAAGCUGGUGAUGCCAUUGGAACAGCGCCCCAUCUUACUACUUCCUUCGCCCCGCCGCUAUCUGAAAGCGUGCCCAUUCGCGAAACCUCGCCCAUGGAGGAUGUUCAGUACUCUUCCGGCCGCGUGGUAGAUACCUACGGCAACAUUAUCGCGACAUCAGAGGUUGAGCUUCGGCGCCGGGCAUCCGAUGCAUCUUUCGUCACUGAUGUCGUUCCUCCGCGAGUGAACGGAAAAGCUCAAACUACCUUCAACACCCCAUCGACUAUCUUCUCCAUGAAGUUCAGUCUCGCCCAUGAGUGCGUCAACUGCGCCUUACUCGUGUGCGCAUCGUGCAAAGACGGUAUCUUGGCUGCUGAAGAGGGGAAGUAA